AUGUCUACCUUCUCUCGGGGUUUCUCGAGCCUCUUGCACCAGCACUCUCUCUGCCUGCCUUCCUCCAUUAGGGUCGCCAUCUUCUCCACUCGGUCACAAACUCCAACUAGCAAUUGUCGCGCACACUUCUCUACCCAAACCUUCUUCCGACAGUAUGCAAAACCGACAGGAUAUCCCACCGUCCCCAAGCGGACCCUCACGCCACCCUCUGGGUCAUUCUUAAGCUCUGAUCCCGUCCUGCGAGCUGUCGGCGUAAGCGGAGCGCCCAUACUUCUAUACAGAUCACCCCCGCGCCAGUUAUAUAUGCUAGGAGUCUACGCCCUUGCGUGUAGCACGGUCGCUGGAGGGCUUUACCUAUGGCGAUGGAGAUAUGAUUUACCUAAAGAUCUGCCGUUCUUCGUCGGACCUACCUAUACUGUGUGCUCUCUCAUGUUACUCGGAAUUGGUGCAUAUAUUUUCUCGGCGCCAGUGUCGCGCUGCAUCUCCAUUGAGAUCGUUCCUAGUGUACUUGGUCGGCCACCGCAAAUGCGAAUCAAAGCCCAGCAGGUCCCUUUUUUCAUGAGAGAGAGAGUUAUUCUUACGAACAUAGGCGAGCCAUUGAUAUCCGAAAAGACUCUCCCGGUCGUGCGAGAGCUUCAAGAGGCUGAGCGAGCGAGAAGACAAAAUAUUUCCGAAGGACUGGAGGAUAUUUUCAUUGCAACCCGCUUUUGGAUACUGGUUGAGCGAUUCUUCUCGCAAAAGUGGACGUCUUUCUUUCUUCGAUUCAAGUUUACGAUUCUCCGGUUUGGCAAUGUCAAGAUAGACGUUCAAGGGCAGAAGUGGAAAAUUGACUGUUCGGGGUACCUGUUGGAGGAUGGCAAAGCUAUCGACCGCUUACUGAGCGUAGAGUGA